CUUUAACCGAAGGCUGUAAUCAGCUGUAGUGUGCACAGCUGUAUCAUGGAGUAAUUGUUUUUGGAAAUUCGGAAAAAAGUAGUAAUAGGUAGAAAUAUAAAAUAAAUAUAAUUUUAAUCAUAUAAACAUAAAAUACCAGACAUUUAAGUGAAAUAUUGCGUACAAAUAUGUAAUUAUAUUUUUUUGUGUCUAUUGUGUAAUGUGUAGGUAAAAUGCAAAAUGGAUAUUGUGUAACGUGCAGAUAAAUUGCAAUAUGGACGGGGUGAUGGGUGUCGGAGAUAUGAUGGUGUGAAUUUUGACUUUGGUGACGACAAAUUUUGCAAUGUGAACUUGAAAAGUCACCGACUAGUUCUGCGUUAAUUGUUGCUAGCUUUAAUCAAUGGCAAUCGUUUGAAUAAUCUUUUAUUUUACGUGAUGGACGAUAUACAUUAUUGUUUAAACUCAGAUUUUGUUUUGCCAUUAGAAUCUCAAAUUUUUCCCCGUGUCUUGAAACAAAAUUUUGGAGUAAUUGUUGAAGGAAACGAUGUUAAGUACUGUAAGGGAGAUAAGAAUUAUAAUAUAGAAAUUAUGCCUAUCCACAAUACUGCGGCUGUAACGGACAAUGAUUCUUCAGUAUCGCAAGUAACUGCACACUUAAAAGAUAGGUUAACUGUAAAAAGUGGAAGUGGUGUCAACGGAAUCGUGAACGGCCUGAGCGUCAGCGUUGAUAUCCCGCAAGCUCGGAAACAGGAUCAUUUUUCAAAUUGUGAAAUAUUGGGCAAAAGUUCUAGUCAGUGUCAUAAGCGUGAUGUUUGUAGCGGAUGUGAUAACUCAACCCAGAUAUUCAAUUCUGUCUCGAACUGUGCUGAGAAUGUUGAACAAAAUGAGUGCGUUAAAGAUGCUGCAUGCUGUGAUGAUACCAGGUUGUCAGGUCACAAUCUGGACAGAAGCAGUGAAGAUGAGAUACAGUAUGUUUCCUAUAAAUCUGAGCUGCAAAUGCCAGAUAUAAUGAGACUUAUUCAGAAAGACCUGUCAGAACCUUACUCGAUCUAUACAUACAGGUACUUCAUACACAAUUGGCCAAAAUUAUGUUUCUUGGCCAUGGACGGGACUCAGUGUGUCGGUGCCAUUGUUUGCAAACUGGAUGUUCAUAGGAAAGUUGUAAAAAGAGGUUACAUUGCAAUGCUGGCCGUUGAUGAGCGUUAUAGGAAAAGAAAAAUAGGUUCAAAUCUUGUUUUAAAAGCAAUCCGAGCCAUGGUAGCGGAUGAUGCUGAUGAGGUUGUCCUGGAAACUGAGAUAACCAACCAACCAGCCUUACGCCUGUAUGAAAACUUGGGGUUUGUUCGAGACAAGAGAUUAUUUCGUUACUACCUGAAUGGUGUGGACGCUCUGCGGCUGAAGCUUUGGCUUCGGUGAAGUUGCAAACUUCGAGUUACUUAGAAAUUCUGUAUUAACUGGAAUACAAAAAAAAAAAACCAUAGGCAACUUGUAAACAGUUGAAUAACAGAAUGGUUAAGUUGUAUUUUGAAACUGGUGAAACUAAAACUAAUAAAAGUGAGGUUUUGAGUAUAAAACUUGUUUUUCAUUUGUAGUAUUUAAUAUAGUUUUUGAAAUGUACAUAAUUUAUUUUGAUGAUGUGAUUUGUAUUUGAGUUAAUACAGAGUUGCGUGUGAAUAGUAGUGCUGUUUUAUUGCAAUAUUUUGUACAUAGUGCUUGAUAAUUGUACUAAAAAAAAACACAUGGUGAUAGAAAUCAAAGAAUAAUGUCUUGCUUAACAUGUGGGUAUUGUUUUUCUGUGUGCAAAGUAAAAUCCUCCAAAGAAAUCUAUUAUAGUAUGUUUUAUGUAUUAUAUAAGAAAAUAAAAAAUAAGAUUGUAAAAUGUAUUUAUUUUUAAAAGUUGUAAUGGAAUUUAGCUGAAACAUUUUUGCAAGGUUCAUUACACAAGGAAUGACGACUUGUUGGCAAUGUCACUUUAAAUAAUUUCUUUUUAGCUCCCUCCAUUUUAAAAUUAAUUUAUCACUUAUGUUUCGGAAAUAAUUGCCAUGAUUUUAUGAACAUGCUACAUUGAUAUUAAUGAUAUAUUUUAAUAGUUAUUUUUUGUACCAUACACGUCUUCUUGCAUUUUAUUAAAAGGUAUUAUGAAAUUCUUUUAAAAAAAAUUGAAUUUUAUGAACUUUUUGAGCGAGAUAGAUUACAUACAACUCAAAAUACGUGUAGUGUUCGUUACGUACGUUCAAUUGAAAUUUCAUUUGAUAUUAACAAGGUUAAAGCAUAUUUUUUAUGUACAAGAAGAUAGAUGUUUGCACCAAAGUGUUCAUUGCAUAACUGAUGCAGUUAUUUUGUGUGUGCCAACAUUAUGUAGAAUCACCUCGCAGUUAAUAAAUCUUUGUUGCAGGUUUAAUAGUAACUCUUGUCAUAUAAAUCAUUUGUUAAUACAACAUAAAUUAUGCAAUUGUCUUAAGUACCAAGUCACAGAAAAACCUGAGGAUAUAUAUGUUUUUGAAUUGCAUCUUCCAGAUUGUUGGAAAAGUGUAACAUUUUUCAUUCCUGUACAAUGUUGCCUCCUUAAUAAAAUUAUUUAAAGUUGUUGAAUUCUUGUGAAUUUUUAUUUAUUGUAGCCAGGUUCAUUUUUACUAAUGUGAAAAUUAUUUGUAGGGGCACUGAGAUUACGAAAAUGUGAAAUAAAUUCAGUUUAUAACAAAACAGCGAGAUGGUUUAGGUUCAUGAAAUGGAACAGAAAUUAUCCUAUAAAAAUGUGCAAAACAAAGUAAAUAGGAAGCUAUCACAAUUUACCCAACUGUUUUAUAACAUGAUUUUUUAACUGUAUUAAAAUAGAAGAUUUAGGAAUUACGUAAAAUUAUAGUGACAACAGUUAAUUUUGUUCUGAAAAAAUGUCUACCAACUGCUCAACUGGCACCUUUAUCAGUGUGACUCAAAAACAUAUGCUCCAUUGUUACAGGGAAACUGCGUAAUUAUUAUUUUUCCAUGUGCCACCAUCACUGUGUUUUUAUUUAGUAUUUUAUUGCGGGUAUCUUUAUUUGCAAGCCACAUGCCCGAAUAAGAUUUUCAGAACUAUUUGCUAAUGAGAGGAUCAUUUUAAAUUGCAUAUGUUGAUCAUUGGUGGAAUAUGUGAAGUUUGUUCACCAUUUCCCCAUCAAAUAUUUCAGAUUCAUUAAAAGAUCAUUGCCAUGCCAAGUGCCUUUUUGCACUUUAUCAAACACAAUUAUGUUAAUCUUGUUUAUGAAAUAUUUUUACCUAAAAGUGUAUUUUGUAAACAGUAGACUUAUUUAACUAAUUUUGUAAGCAUCUUUGAAAACAAGUUUUGGUUUUUAACAGGAAUAUUUGGUAUGAAUUUGUGAGUAUGUUUUAUAUUUUUCAUCUCAAAUUUUAGUAAUUGAAGUUACGUACAUUGUGGUCAUUUUGUAGUCUGCUUAAUGUGUUAACGUUACGCCUGUGCGAAUAUUUGAAUAUGAAUAAUAAAUUGUUCACAUUCAAAUCGACUUUGAAUACUAACUCUUAUAAAUAAUUAAUAUUUGUUUGUUUACGAGUACUUGGCAUAGCAUACUUGCCAUACUUCAUCAGUUUGUCAUAUCCCAACGUUCACUACUGAGAUUAAGUCAUUUGUGCAAUAUAAAUACCCCUUUUUUUAUUUAUGUUUAAUGGAACUUCAUAAUCAAAAACAUGAACAAUAAGCAACAAUUUUAACAUGCAACAAGUAUUUAAAGUUUUUUUUUUGCUAUUGUCUUGCUAAACUGUAAUGUAAAAAAUUGUGUGAAUUCAAAACAUGGCAUAUUUGUCAUUUCAAACUUGAGAAUAAAAUAUUAUUUGUGUUUUCAUUACAUGUACCAGAAGUGGAAAAAAAUAAAUGUCAACAACCACAGACUAAAACACAAAACAUGGACACACCGUUGAGAUGGGCAUUAAAAGAAGUAAUUGUCAUAGUUUCAAUGGUGUCUAAAUCGAGUUACAAGUAAUGUCAUGUGAUACAGUACCAGCUUACUUGGUUUAUAUGAGGUGAUUAACAAAA